AUGAAACGUGGUCUCCAGGGAACUAAGCAGGAGGAUGGGGGAGGCACCAGCAGUGGAUCUCUCAAGCGGUCUAGCAAGCAGAGGAGGGAAACCGAUCUUGAUGAAAGAGUGGUCCACUGGGAACAUCUGCCCCAAGAGGUCCUUCUCUACAUCUUCCAGUACCUGCCUCUGCUGGAUAGAGCUUAUGCUUCUCAGGUCUGCAGGGGCUGGAACCAUGCCUUUCACAUGCCGGAUCUGUGGCGAUGCUUUGAGUUUGAGUUGAACCAGCCAGCUAGCUCCUACCUGAAAGCCACACACCCUGACCUCAUUAAACAAAUCAUCAAAAGACACGCCAACCACUUGCAGUAUGUCAGCUUCAAGGUGGAUAGCAGCAGAGAGUCAGCAGAAGCGGCAUGUGACAUCCUCUCUCAGCUUGUUAACUGUUCUCUGAAAACACUUGGCCUCAUCUCCACAGCUCGGCCCAGCUUCAUGGAGCUGCCUAAGUCUCACUUCAUAUCAGCGUUGACGGUGGUUUUUGUGAACUCCAAAUCAUUGUCCUCCCUGAAGAUUGAUGACACGCCUGUAGACGACCCCUCCCUCAAAGUCCUUGUGGCCAAUAACAGUGACACGCUGAAACUGCUGAAAAUGAGCAGUUGUCCUCAUGUGUCACCUGCAGGCAUCCUGUGUGUGGCAGACCAGUGCCAUGGUCUGAGAGAAUUGGCUCUAAACUACCAUUUGCUGAGUGAUGAACUCCUCAUCGCACUCUCGUCAGAAAAGCAUGUGCACCUGGAGCACCUGCGCAUCGACGUGGUGAGUGAAAAUCCAGGCCAGCAGUUCCAUACAAUCAAGAAAAGCAGCUGGGAUGCCAUGGUGCGUCACUCCCCAAAAUUCAAUCUGGUCAUGUACUUCUUCCUUUACGAGGAUGAGUUUGGCCCCUUCUUUCGUGAUGAACUCCCUGUCACGCAUCUGUAUUUUGGCCGCUCGGUCAGCAAAGACGUGCUUGGCCGUGUUGGGCUCACCUGCCCUCGGCUCGUUGAGUUGGUGGUCUGCGCUAACGGGUUACGGCCACUAGAUGAGGAGCUAAUCCGCAUAGCGCAGCGCUGCACACAACUGUCAGCCAUCGGCUUGGGAGAGUGUGAAGUGUCUUGCAGCGCCUUUGUGGAGUUUGUCAAAAUGUGUGGAGACAGACUGACCCAAUUAUCAAUCAUGGAGGAAGUCCUGGUUCCAGAUCACCGCUAUGGGCUGGACGACAUCCACUGGGAGGUGUCGAAGCAUCUUGGCCGCGUCUGGUUCCCUGACAUGAUGCCUACCUGGUAA